AAGAAGCAAGUGACGUUUACUUGGCUUAACCCGGGAAAAGCAAAUUUUAAUUGGAUUAAAAUUUAAUUAAACUAAGUUUACUAAUUGUUAAUGUAUGAUAUUAUCAUAAGCUAAAAAAAAUGUAUAAUUCUCAGGGGAAUAAUGAUUCAGAUCCUAUAGCCGAGGAGAAAAGCAAUAAAUGUGAUGGUAAUGAUUUUAACACGCAACUAGAAAUUUAUCAACAAUCGCUACAAAACUCUUCAAAUCUAGCAUCUAAAAUUAUUCUUCAUUCAGUAUGCGAAACAAAAGAGGACUGCUUUAGUGAUGAUAGAAUGAAUAAAAUUUUAAAUAGUGCUCAAAGUUUGAUACAAUUUCCCGCAGCACAAAAUAUUAAAACAUGGAGAAGCUCACUAAGCAAGAUUACAGACCCUGUUAAGAUGUUUGAAAAAUCAAUACCUCGAUGUGAAAAAUGCGCCAAAUCACAAAACAAUAAUGGUUUUGACAAAUUUAUUAGAAAUGUAUGCAAAUGUGAAAUAUGUUUGCUUGAAGAUAGUAAUGACAAACCAGAAGUACAUACAAGUAAACCUACAAAUAAUGUUGAACAAAUUGCAAGAGAGAAAAGCAAUAAACAAAAACACAUUGGUAAAUCUUUGCCUUUAAAACCGGCUAUCAAUAAACCCAGUAUUUCACACUUUAGUACUUUCAUUAACAAUACAGGAGAUUCAAAGACUGAUAUUAACACAAGGACAAAUUGGGAGUAUGGUACAAAUGAAAAUACCUAUCCUCAAAGUAAUUUAGAUAGAGAAGAAGAGGAAAAUAAAGCUCAUAAAAGCAAUGUUGCUAAAAUAACUUUUAAGACUGCUAGAGAAACAUUUCUUGCAUCAAAUCCUAGUGCUAAAAGAGUACUUGGUGUAUCCAGGAAGACUCAAGGCAAAUUUGUAUCACCAAUGAUAGCUGCACAGGAGAAACAAGAGAAGAAUGAACCAGUUGUGAGUGACGACAGACUAAAACACAUUGAUAGUAAAAUGGUUGAACUUAUUGAAAGUGAAAUUAUUGAUAAGGGAACUCCAGUUGCAUGGGAGGACAUAGCCGGUCUCGAAUUGGCCAAGUCUGUGAUCCAGGAGGCAGUGGUGUGGCCACUGCUGCGCCCUGACAUAUUUACAGGGCUGCGGCGUCCACCCAAAGGCAUCCUGCUGUUUGGACCCCCGGGCACUGGGAAGACUCUUAUCGGCAAGUGCAUAGCAGCGCAAUGCCGAGCAACAUUCUUCAGUAUCUCUGCAUCAUCCCUCACCUCCAAGUGGCUCGGCGAUGGCGAGAAGAUGGUGCGCGCGCUCUUCGCUGUAGCUGCCUGUCAUCAGCCUGCAGUGAUAUUUAUAGAUGAGAUAGACUCGCUUCUGACUCAGCGGUGUGACAGUGAGCAUGAGGCCACCAGGAGGAUAAAGACUGAAUUCCUCGUACAAUUCGAUGGGGCCGCCACUGGGGAAGAUGACCGUCUGCUCGUAGUAGGUGCCACAAACCGGCCGCAGGAGCUGGACGAGGCGGCGCGACGUCGCCUGGUCAAGCGCCUCUACAUACCUCUGCCUGAUGCAAAUGCACGUGAACAAAUUAUAACCAAUCUUCUGAGUACCGAGAACAACGACCUGACGCGUCAGGAUAUGGCUGAGAUCGCGGUGCUCACUGAUGGAUACUCUGGGGCGGAUAUGAAGUCGCUUUGCUCCGAGGCAGCUAUGGGACCCAUUAGAUCUGUUCCUUUAUCACAGAUCAUUAACAUAGAUAGAGAUAAGGUCCGUGCAGUAAGUGUCCAAGAUUUUAAGAAUGCCCUGCAACGUGUUCGGCCCAGUGUAUCGCAGGACGAUCUAGGACAGUAUGUCAAGUGGAACAAUACAUACGGUCAAGGCUUCUAAACUGCUCAUUUGUUUGUCGAUUUCUAAUAAAUCUUUUAUAUUUUCAAUGCGCAACUUAUUUGCAAUUUUUUUAAA